AUGGUAGUUUGUCUAUUCUUAUUUAUUUACUAUUCCCUAAAGGAUAAUGAGGCAUAUGCGAGAGAUCUUGCUGAGCAGUAUCACUUAGACUCUUCAGCAAGUUAUGACAAUAUCAUAGUUGGCUUGCAAAAAGUACUAGAAAACAAACGGGCCAGGCUCCAUAAACUUUAUAAAAUGAAGGCGGGUGCUCAGAAGAUCCAGGAGGCGUCCGGAGGAAACAUAGCUGCACUUUUGCGUUCUAACACCGGACCCUCUAGUUCAAGCACUAGCCCAUCCGAUACAGUCGCUGAAAAACGAGGGGGGAAAAUCAGUGUAACUGCUGUAAUUAAGGAGGUUAACACUGAGGUUCAAGAUCUGACGCAAGAGAUAGGGGAGCUGGAGACUAAUUUGUUGUUGCUAAAACACAACAAGCCCUCUAAGAGUAAGUGCUAUAUCUUGCUAUUUCAGUUAAUGAACUUGUUCAUGUUUGUCAUACAGGUUCGAAAUGGAGCUGAAAAACUUAUGCAGACGUACAAAAAUGGUCCCCGUCAUCUUCUUGAAGAAGCAAAGCGUCAGCAGGAGAACGCAAUUGCCAAAAUUGGUUUUAUUCGUAAUCAAAUAAUCCGUUCGAAGCAACUAUCAGAAUCUACCCCAUUGGUAAGGAUUUUUACUUUAAUUUAUCUUAUGGUGCCAAACUCAUUUCUUAUUAAAAUUUUGUAUUUUUGA